GGCUCAGGCUCCUCUGCCAUGGAUAAUCCGACCCGGUGCUUGGGCGGGUCUUUAUGAUCCGCACACCAACGAGCUGAGUAGGGUUUAAGCCUCGUAAGGUUUUUGAACACGAAACUAGCACACUUCACUCAUCACCUGCUACAAAUCUACUUCAAAAUGGCAUCUUCCCUCUGUAGAAGAAUUUAUCAUUCUUUUCUUUCUCAAAACCCUAAUUUCAAUCAACACCAAUCGCUACUAAUUUCCGCCCACCGUUUCUCCACCGAAACCUCUUCCGACUCUACCUCCGAUUCCGAUUCGGAUCCCACUACCCACCCAGAAUCCGAUUCUGGUCCGUUAUCCCAAUCUUCCGAUUCCAGUUCCCGCCAAAAGGUCCCCGUAGACCGCCCCUUAGAAAACGGUUUAGAUGCAGGCAUUUACAAGGCGAUCUUGAUUGGGGUAGUGGGUCAACAUGCUAUAGAGAAGAAGCUGAGGAGUGGGAGGGCUGUGACUAUGCUGUCGAUAGGGACCGGAGGGAUGAGGAAUAAUCGGAGACCGCUGCAGAAUGAAGAGCCCAGGGAUUAUGCGAAUCGGAGUAUGGUUCAGUGGCAUAGAGUCUCGAUUUAUGCGGAGAGGUUGGGUGCGCUUGUAGCAAAGAAUGCAGUUCCUGGCUCUACCUUAUAUUUGGAGGGGAAUCUAGAGACGAAGAUUUUCAAUGAUCCGAUAACAGGUCUAACACGUCGUGUAAGAGAAGUGGCCGUUCGUGGAGAUGGCCGUGUUGUGUUUCUUGAUAAAGGGAAUGAUGGCCAAGAACCCCAACAAGCGGAACUGAAGGGGGUCGGUUAUUACUGAAAGAUUGAAGGCAAACUGCCAAGUUUGUUGCUUUCUGUUCCUACGAUAUUAGUUACUACUUGCACGACAGUCGGAGGUCAUUGUUACUGUCUUAAAAUUGCACUUCCAGGUAGGCGAUCAUGAUUUAUUUUGACCCUUUUGUGCACCUUGUUUCAUGACAUGUGAAAGAGUGAGCAAGUGUACACACUGUUUGGAAGAAUGCAGGCAUGGUGGAAAUUAUCAGUUAAUUAAAGACUCUUCUUUUCUUUGAUUCAUUCCAUAUUUCUAGGGAUUGCAAUUUACAGACUUGUUUAUAGAUAAACAGUUUAGUUUAUAGGUUAUGUUUUAUUUCUAAUGGGUAUGAGUGAAACUGUUAUCUUUUAGCUCGAA